GUAGACUAGAACCGGCUGAACGACGUAACACUGUACCAUGCUCCGCAAUGUCCUAGGAAAAACCUUUCGAUUUCUUGGGUAUACUGUGCAAUAUGGCUGCAUAGCACAUUGCGCCUUUGAGUACCUUGGAGGAAUUGUUGUGUGUUCUGGACCUUCAAUGGAACCAACCAUUCAAAAUUCUGAUAUUGUCUUUUCGGAGAACCUUAGCCGCCACUUGUAUUGCAUUCGAAAAGGAGAUAUUGUAAUUGUGAAAAGCCCAAAUGACCCCAAAUCAAAUAUCUGUAAAAGAGUAAUUGGCUUGGAAGGGGAUAAAGUCUGCACAAGCAACCCUUCAGAUUUCCUUAAGAGUCACAGCUAUGUGCCUAAAGGACAUGUUUGGUUAGAAGGUGAUAAUCUCAGGAAUUCUACAGAUUCCAGGUGCUACGGACCUGUUCCUUAUGGACUGAUAAGAGGACGCAUUUGUUUUAAGAUAUGGCCUCUGAAUGACUUUGGAUUUCUACGUGCAAGCCCCAAUGGCCAUAGAUUUCUUGAUGAUUAAAAGAUUUAAGUGACUAUUGCCAGCUUUCGUAAUAUUUUCUACUAAAAUCAAUGGAACUAUUUUUGUUUAGAAUAAACACAAGUAUUACUUGA